CAUUUUUUUCAACUUCAAUUUUACUUUAAUAUUGAAGAAUGAUUCGCAACUUUAUAAUUUUACUAUUCCUUCCAUUCUGGAUAAUGGCCGUUGAUUAUUGUUCAAUUUCCAGUGAUCAUACAAUGUGCAAGUAUAAGGGACCCGGACCAGCUUGUGGAAAAGAGAGAAUAAGCGGAAUUUCGGAGAGGGAAAUUCGAGAAAUUUUAAAAGUUCACAAUGAUUUUCGUUCGAUUGUUGCUUUAGGAAAAGAGAGACGAGGAAAUCCUGGACCACAACCAGCAGCAGCUAAUAUGAAUGCAUUAAUUUGGGAUAAUAAUUUAGCUGAGGUAGCACAAAGAUGGGCUGAUCAAUGUACCUUUCAACAUGAUUUUUCCCGUCAAGAUCCUCGUUUCCAAGUUGGUCAAAAUAUUUACUUUGCCACUGGAUAUCCGAAAUCAAAUUGGACCCAAGCAAUAUCCACUUGGUAUGAAGAAGUAACUGAAUUUAAUUCUAAAAAUGUAAAAAAAUUUCAAUUUCAAUUUACAACUGGACAUUAUACUCAACUCGUUUGGGGAAAUACUCGUUACAUCGGUUGUGGAAAAACAACAUACAAUACACCUUUAAGGGCUUUUGAUUAUGAACAAAAGGAAUAUAUUUUAUCGUCUAUUCCAAGAAAUGAAUCAAUUAGGAAUGAUGAUUAUUUGAUUGGUGAUAAUUUAUCAUCAAAUGUGCAGCAUUUAAGUAAAAUUAUUAAUAACAAUAAUAAUAAUGAGAAACAUAAUUUUGAAAAGAAUGUAUUACAUACCCGUGUGAAAAAAUGGAUUGGAGACGAAUGGAUAAAUAUUUACGAAAAUAUGGGAAAAAAUCACAUCCUCGUUUGCAACUAUGGACCAAGUGGAAAUUUCUUAUAUCAACCAGUUUACAUCAGUGGUAAACAUUGUUCACAAUGUCCUUUCGGAUUUCAAUGUAUAAAUGGCCUUUGUAUCUGAAAAUUGAAUAAAAAUUAAUCUUUAAAUUAUA